UUUUCAUUUUACUUUUGUAAUUUUCACUACGUGAACUUUUUGUCAAGGAAGAAAGUAAUCGCUGAACACCAACUGUUUGUAGGAUCGCAAAUUUUCACUCGAGUUUGUCGUAAAUCUAGUUCAGAUAUCUUUAAUCAGAAAGGAAAUGAUCCCACAGUGCCGUCUGGAGACUGGUGUUCGUAUCCGGAUUGGUCAACACUUUGGAACCAUUCGAUACAUUGGAGAGGUGGUCAACACUGAAGGAGAAUGGGUUGGGGUCGAAUGGGACGAUCCUCAACGGGGUAAGCAUUCCGGAAUGGUGAAUGGUGUCGAGUACUUCCAAACAAGAAACGAAAAGGCAGGAUCGAUGAUCCGCAGCGAAAAAAUUCCGACAUUCAUGUCACUGCUGGAGGCAAUCAAUGACAAGUACAUCAUGACCGAGGACACUCUCGGUUUGGGUGCGGAAAUGCUGAAAGAAGUGCAGAAACAGAUGCAUGCGCCCCUUUUUGAGGUUGUUGGAAUGGAAAAGCUCGGCGUCAAACAAAGUAACUUGAGUCAAUUGGUUGAUGUGUCGGUAGCUUAUUUUCCUGUUAAUUCCGCGGGGGAUUUAUCCACCCUCACAAGUCUUUGCUCGCUAGAUGUUUCCGCGACGUUGCUUUGGAAUUGGAAGCUUGUUGGUGAUAUCAUUGCCCAAAUUCCAACAUUACAAGAGAUCAACCUUUCCAACAAUCGUCUCGUUAGACCGACGGACGACGAAAUUUGCUCGUUGGUAACCAAAUUCCACAAUUUAAAAAAAUUGAUACUGAAGAAAUGUGCUCUCAGCUCUUGGUCGGAAAUAGUGCGACUUGCUCGAAUGUGGCCUCUGAUUGAAAGCCUAUCGCUAGAGGACAACGGGUUGCGUGUCAUAACAGAGGAAAGUUAUGAUCUUACGUUAACCAAAUUGCAAGUCUUAGAUCUUCAAAAUAAUCAAAUAGAAGAUAAACAUUCAAUUAUCGCACUUGGUCGGAUACCAGAGCUGCAGGAACUGUCACUCAAUGCAAAUGGAAUUCGUCAAAUCAGCUUUCCGGAUUGUUCGCACACGGAAAAGAUUUCUCUAUUCUCGAAGUUAAGGAUUCUCUACUUGCGGGACAACCCAAUAGUAGACCAGUGUGCAACAUUUAACGAACUGGACAAACUGGUAGCGCUGGAGCAUCUGACCAUGGAUCCGGAUGCAGGCGUGAGUUACGAGGAAACGGAAGCGAGAGUCGUCGGAUCCAUCGCCGGGUUGAAGACAUUUAAUCGUUCCGGAAUCGGCGAAAAGCUUCGCCGUGACUCGGAGUGCGAUAUGUGGAAAAUGUAUGCCGUCCAAUGGUGUUUGAUUCGAAAUGAUGCCCAGCAAUUGAAGGCUUUCUUCAAGACGCACCGGAUGUACCCACGGAUAAUGGAAAGACUCGGUAGCCCUGAACAGUUCCUGCCAGACAACCGCAAAGUAUCGAACAUGCUGAACCUACACUUGCUGAAUGAAAGGACGGGCGAAAUGCGCGAGAAAAAGGUCCCCAAACGAAUCAAUCUGCAAACGUUGGAAAAUUUGAUCGUGAAACUAUUCGGUCCAUCGGACCGCCAGGGUGGACUACAACUGUCAUUGUUCGAUCGCAAACGGGACGUUCGGAUUCCACUGGAAAAUCACGGUAAAAGUUUGGAUUUCUAUUCCGUCGAAGAUCAGGACACGAUUGUGUUCUAGUGAUGACAGCGUGGUGCUGUUUUGACAUUUGGAUCGAUUCUUAUCACGGACGAUAUACAAAGAUCGCGUUGUAGCACGUUCUCAACUCAAAAAACGCUUAGCAGUUAUUUAUUUUACAUCUCAGAUUUUCUGAACUUUAUCUCUGUUGCUAUUAUUGGUAUUUUAUUUAAAACCAAAUAGUCUGAAAAUAUAGCAAAACAACACAAAGAGAGACACGCAAACAGAGAGUACUUGAAAUUCCAUUUAUAUGGUUUUGAAAACACUAUUUUCAACUAACUAAACAAACGUAACGAUACCUGCGAAGGUUUGUUGAAUAAACUACCAGAGCAUUAAUGAUUGUA